AUGAGCUCGGAGGACUCGCUCAAGUCGCUGUCGCUGGACUACCUGAACCUGCUCAUCAACGGGCAGGCCUUCAGCGACGUGGCCUUCAGCGUGGAGGGCCGGCUGGUGCACGCGCACCGCUGCGUGCUGGCCGCGCGCAGCCUCUUCUUCCGCAAGCUCUUCUGCGGCCUCGACCCAAACCACCAGCCACCGCCGACGCCGGGCUCCUCCUCCGCCGCCGGGGCCCGCGCGCCGGAGCUCGUCAUCCCCGUCAGCUCCAUCCGCUACGAGGUGCUGGUGCUGGUGCUCCAGUUCCUCUACAGCGGCCAGGCCUCCGUCGCCGCGCCCAAGAGCGGGCCGCUCCCGGGCUGCGGCGCCAGGGGCUGCUGGCACACCCGCUGCGGCGCAGCCGUCGACCUCGCCCUCGACACCCUCGCCGCCGCUCGAUCCUUCGGCGUCGAGCAGCUCGCCCUCCUCGUCCAGAAGCAGCUGGAGGCCAUGGUGAAGGAGGCAUUCGUGGACGACGUGAUGAAGGUGCUGAUGGCGUCGCGCAAGUUCGAGAUGCAGGAGCUCUGGGCCACCUGCUCCCACCUGGUGGCGCGCUCGGGCCUCUCCUCGGACCUCCUCGCCAAGCACCUCCCCAUCGACGUGGUCGCCAAGAUCGAGGAGAUCCGCUCCAAGUCCCCCGUCUCCGCCGCGGGCGGAACCGGCGGCGGGCCGCGCUCGCCGUUCCUCACGCACCACUACCUCCCCAUCAACGUGGCGGCGUCGGCGGCCGACCGCGACCACAGGAUCCGGCGCAUGCGGCGCGCGCUGGACGCGGCCGACAUCGAGCUCGUCAAGCUGAUGGUGAUGGGCGAAGGGCUGGACCUCGACGACGCCCUCGCCGUGCACUACGCCGUCCAGCACUGUGGGCGCGACGUCGUCAAGGCGCUGCUGGAGCUCGGCGCCGCCGACGUCAACUCCGGCGCCGGGCCCACGGGGAAGACGGCGCUGCACCUGGCGGCCGAGAUGGUGUCCCCGGACAUGGUGUCCGUGCUCCUCGACCACCACGCCGACCCCAACGCCCGGACGCUCGACGGCGUCACCCCGCUCGACGUGCUCCGCAGCCUCACCUCCGAGUUCCUCUUCAAGGGCGCCGUCCCGGGGCUCACGCACAUCGAGCCCAACAAGCUCAGGCUCUGCCUCGAGCUCGUGCAGUCCGCGGUGAUGGUAGCCACGCGCGACGACGGCGCCGGUACCGGUACCGGCGGCGACGCCGGGGGAGGAGGAAGCGACGGCGGCGGGAGCUUCCCGAGGGCGGACGCCGCCGACGACAGCUUGGUGAGCCUCACCAUGAACUCCACGCUGAUGUACCAGGGCCAGGAGAUGGCGGCGGCGGUGGCCGGCGAGGCCAGGAAAGGGAGCGGCGGCGGCGGCCGAGGAGGGAGCCCAUCCAACUUGUACUUCCCCAUUGGCUUCCCAUAA